AUGGUUACUCUGGAGAAUUGUCUUGAUGAUUGUUUGCAGCAGUAUAUUAAGAACUUUGAGAGGGAGAAGAUCAGUGGAGAUCAGCUGCUACGCAUCACACAUCAGGAACUGGAAGAUCUGGGAGUCAGCCAUAUUGGCCAUCAGGAGCUAAUCUUGGAGGCAGUUGACCUUCUGUGUGCACUGAAUUAUGGCUUAGAAACAGAAAAUCUAAAAACCCUUUCUCACAAGUUGAAUGCAUCUGCCAAAAAUCUACAGAACUUCAUAACAGGAAGGAGAAGGAGUGGCCAUUAUGAUGGGAGGACCAGCAGAAAAUUGCCAAAUGACUUUCUGACCUCAGUUGUGGAUCUGAUUGGAGCAGCCAAGAGUCUCCUCGCCUGGUUGGACAGGUCACCAUUUGCUGCUGUGACAGACUAUUCAGUCACAAGAAAUAACGUCAUACAGCUCUGCUUGGAACUAACAACAAUCGUGCAACAGGAUUGCACUGUAUAUGAAACUGAGAAUAAAAUCCUUCAUGUGUGUAAAACUCUUUCUGGAGUGUGUGACCACAUCAUAUCCCUGUCAUCAGAUCCUCUGGUUUCACAGUCGGCUCACCUGGAAGUGAUUCAGCUGGCAAAUAUUAAACCGAGUGAAGGGCUGGGUAUGUAUAUUAAAUCCACAUAUGAUGGCCUCCAUGUAAUCACUGGAACAACAGAAAAUUCACCUGCAGAUCGAUGCAAGAAAAUCCAUGCUGGGGAUGAAGUGAUUCAAGUUAAUCAUCAGACUGUGGUGGGGUGGCAGUUGAAAAAUUUGGUGAAUGCACUACGAGAGGACCCGAGUGGUGUUAUCUUAACUUUGAAAAAGCGACCUCAGAGCAUGCUUACCUCAGCACCAGCUUUACUGAAAAAUAUGAGAUGGAAGCCCCUUGCUCUGCAGCCUCUUAUACCUAGAAGUCCCACAAGCAGCGUUGCCACGCCCUCCAGCACCAUCAGUACACCCACCAAGAGAGACAGCUCUGCCCUCCAGGAUCUCUACAUUCCCCCUCCUCCUGCAGAGCCCUAUAUUCCCAGGGACGAAAAGGGAAACCUUCCUUGUGAAGACCUCAGAGGACAUAUGGUGGGCAAGCCAGUUCAUAAGGGAUCUGAAUCCCCAAACUCAUUUCUGGAUCAGGAAUAUCGAAAGAGGUUUAACAUCGUGGAAGAAGAUACCGUCUUGUAUUGCUAUGAAUAUGAAAAAGGACGAUCAAGUAGUCAAGGAAGACGAGAAAGCACACCGACCUAUGGCAAGCUACGACCUAUAUCUAUGCCAGUCGAAUAUAAUUGGGUGGGGGACUAUGAAGAUCCAAAUAAGAUGAAGAGAGAUAGUAGAAGAGAAAACUCUCUACUUCGCUAUAUGAGCAAUGAAAAAAUUGCUCAAGAAGAAAACAUGUUUCAGAGAAACAGCAAAAAAGACACAGGAAAGAAGUCAAAAAAGAAGGGUGAUAAGAGUAACAGUCCAACUCACUAUUCACUGCUACCUAGUUUGCAAAUGGAUGCAUUGAGACAAGACAUCUUGAGCACACCAGUUCCAGAAACCACACUGUACCAUACAUUUCAGCAGUCCUCUCUGCAGCACAAAUCAAAGAAGAAGAACAAAGGAGCCAUAGCAGGCAAGAGCAAAAGACGAAUUUCUUGCAAGGAUCUUGGCCGUGGUGACUGUGAGGGAUGGCUUUGGAAAAAGAAAGAUGCAAAAAGCUAUUUUUCACAGAAAUGGAAGAAGUACUGGUUUGUCCUGAAGGAUGCAUCCCUGUACUGGUACAUUAAUGAAGAGGAUGAAAAAGCAGAAGGAUUCAUCAGUCUGCCUGAAUUUAAAAUUGAUAGAGCCAGUGAAUGCCGCAAGAAAUAUGCAUUCAAAGCCUGCCAUCCUAAAAUCAAAAGCUUCUAUUUUGCUGCUGAACAUCUUGAUGACAUGAACAGAUGGCUUAAUAGAAUUAACAUGAUGACUGCAGGAUAUGCAGAAAGGGAGAGGAUUAAGCAAGAACAAGACUACUGGAGUGAGAUUGACAAAGAAGAAGCAGAUACUCCAUCAACACCGAAGCAAGACAGCCCUCCGCCCCCCUAUGAUACAUACCCACGGCCUCCCUCUAUGAGUUGCGCCAGUCCUUAUGUGGAAACAAAGCACAGCCGGCUCUCCUCCACUGAGACCUCUCAGUCUUCACAUGAGGAGUUCCGCCAGGAAGUUACUGGGAGCAGUGCCGUGUCCCCCAUUCGCAAGACAGCCAGUCAGCGCCGCUCCUGGCAGGAUUUAAUCGAGACACCGCUGACAAGUUCAGGCUUACAUUACCUUCAGACUCUGCCUCUGGAAGAUUCUGUCUUCUCUGACUCGGCGGCCAUCUCCCCUGAGCACAGGCGACAGUCUACUCUUCCCACUCAGAAGUGCCAUCUCCAGGAUCACUAUGGCCCAUACCCAUUAGCGGAGAGUGAGAGGAUGCAGGUGUUAAACGGCAAUGGGGGCAAGCCCCGAAGUUUUACUCUGCCUCGAGACAGCGGGUUCAACCACUGCUGUCUGAAUGCACCGGUUAGUGCCUGUGACCCACAAGAUGACAUCCAGCCACCAGAGGUGGAAGAAGAGGAGGAAGAGGAAGAAGGGGAGGCAGCAGGAGAAAACAUAGGCGAGAAAAGCUAAUACACUACGAGAGUUGGUAGAACCUCUCCAUGCCAAAUCGGAUCCACUUCUGUUGGCACUCAACCCAUUGGAAUCACAGAUUGCUAAGCUAAUGUUUAGAGAAUUUAGAUCGAAGAGAGUCGGCACGGCGCAGACUCAACAUCAACCUCUUGCAAGCAACUAAAAUGGCCUCGUCCUUGCUGUUUAUAACAGAAAACAGACUUGUAAAAAGCUUAGACCAUCAAGUGUUGUGGAUUUGGGGCCUCCCUAAAGGGAUAUUAUGAGGGGCAGGCCACUCUUUAAGAAGAAUUCGAGCUUUCUACAGUGGGACUAGCAUAAGAUCAAACCAAUCAAGAUGGAACACAGUAGCCGAAAACUGCCCUGUCUAUGGGUGAACAGAGGGUAAAGGGUCUUGCCUGGGGAAGGGCUCU